UUCCAUUGCAAAUGAAUUGUUCAGAAGAUAUCGAACGGGCGUAAAGCACACACAAACGACACGAGCGAAAAACCUUUAAAUUACAUCUAAAGAUACUACAAUAGAAAUUGGAUUUAUUGCCUUGAUUUUCCGACUCAAUAGUUAAAUCGAACGAAAAUGGUUUACGAAAGUGGAUUCACUACCCGCAGAACAUACAGUUCCAGACCUGUUGUAACCUCAUACUCGGUUUCGUAUCCAAGUGUAACCAAGACAACACGUGUAUACAAAACGAGUUACCCUAUUUACUCCACUUCAACAUACACUCGUGGAGCUCGUGUGAUAUCUUCCCCUGUUCGGAUUGUUUCGUCCCCGAGUCGCAUCAUCACUCGUGUCAUUCGAUCUCCUUCCCCAGUUCGUGUUGUCCGAUCGACCACUACUCGUGUAAUUACUUCGCCUGAAAGAGUCACCUCAUAUACUUAUACGACACCGUCGACAUAUGCGUCGACCUACCUUCCCUCAACAUACACAUCUUAUAGACCAUACUAUCCAACUUCCUACUCAUCUAGUUAUCUUCUUCCCUCAUACUAUUAUACACCAAUUAGUCGUGUAUACACGCGAUCAUUGUCGCCUGUAAGAAUAAUUACAUCUCCAGUACGCAGUGUUUCAGUAUCUCCAUUGUAUUCGAAGAGAUAUAUGCCGGGAUAUGGUGACCGCGCCUUGACUUCCUACCUCACCACUGAACCGUUCACGACUUUUCGGGAAGAGACUGGAAAGAUCAGGCAUAGAGCUCAAUCACUAAUUCGAGAUUUGCACACUCCAGUUCCACGCCGCAAUCGCAGUUGCACUCCGUUCCCAGUAAGCAGUUACGAACCAUCAUCAGAGUUAGCGCUUGAUGCUUAUGUCUCCCGUAUUACAAACCCAGUUCGUCAUAUAGCCAAGGAAGUUCACCGAAUGUCUAUGUAUCCUGAUCCACCACGCAAAUAUGUUGGGAGAAGCCAUCUAUCAUCCAUUCGAAUUUGUGGAAAUAAGGCUUAUGAUAUUCGAAGACCUAUGUACGAUAGUGAUAAAGUACAUACUGACAUUAACAUUUUGUCUCGAUACUUAAGGGAGAAACAACUAAAAGAAAAGUGUGAACAAUCGCAUGAAAAGUCCACAGAGAAUGUGGCAACAUGUAAGUAGUACACCGACUUUCCA